GUUUGUUGCAAAUUGCCAUUAUCUGUAAAUGCCCAAUCCACCCGGGGUAGUUCCAUUACCACGAGGCAGUAGGGGUCCCAGAAGCCUGUACUUGAAACGAAAUGGAGACAGCUUCGGGUUCACACUCAGGCAUUUUAUUGUAUACCCACCAGACUUAAUCGCUGAACAUUACGAUGGCCGUCACGCAGCCGUGGGCGCGUUGCUCGCGCCCAUGGACACCAUCUUCGUGAAGCAGGUGCGCGAACGCAGCGCCGCGAAGAGGGCUGGACUCCAACAGGGCGAUCGGCUGGUCGCCGUCAACGGGGUGCCUGUCAAAGACAAAGAGUAUUCCCAAGUAGUACAGCUAAUCCAGAACAGUCCAGAGUAUCUACAUCUGUUGUUUUUUGCCGAGACCGCCUACAACCCAGUAUCGAACCAACAGCCGGAUGUCCCGUACGACCGACAAUCCGCCCAGCAGUUCCUAACUCACCAUCUUGGCAGAGGAGGCGGUGCACCAGGGUUCCAGGUGGACGCCAUCUCGUGGCGAUCGUUGCAACAACCAUAUCACGGAUAUCCGCAGGAAUUUCCGCCUUUGCAAAGGGUCGCCUACGACAGGGGUCAGCGCAGUGCUGAUAGUCUCAUUUACAGCGAGCCCAAACGGCAUACCAGAAGGGAAAAUCAGCACGAGAUCUACGCGGAGAUCCACCCCCAUGAGUUUGUGGGCAGGCAGAAGUGCCGGGCCGCCCCCCAGGUGCCUCUUUACAGGAAGAUGGGCCGCAGGGCCAGCGAAGGCAGUGCGCACUAUGAUCCACCCGACGCUUCUAGUCUGAGCACCGAGGAGGAUUACGCUAUGAAGACGGUUUAUAAGGGUAUGCAGAGCGCGGACGUGCCUUCAGGCUACCCGAAUACGGCAGGUUGUCGGUUGAGCCUGGACGUGGGACGUCGAGAGAGCACCUCUUCGCUGUCGUCCUCGAUUGCAGAUGGUAGCAAAGAUAGUUUAGCUAGCUACGAUUCAGCGGCUACGCUUACCGGACACGAAACGGACGAUUCCGCCAUCAUGACGAGGUUCCGUAAGAGUGUCCAACAAAAAGAAGAAUUCCUGAGAACGCCUGCUGUGAAUACUGUAGAGCAAGCGUUAAUACGCAAAGAAUUCUACGGUAGGCCGAAGAAGCUUGAGAAGCAAAUGUGGCCUCCGACAGAAUCGCCGAAGGCUUCGAAGCCUACACAUCAGAAUGUGCUGCGUGUGAAAGGGGAUAUCGAAAGCGAAAGGGACAUGGUGGGAAUGGGAGGUGGUGCAGAUUACAGCAUGCCUCAACAGAAAGGGGUGACUUCUCCUAGAGAAAGGGGGAUGAAGUCAGAUUUAGACAGGGUAUACGAAGCUGCCACUGCUCCUGGAGGCUACGACAGCCUAGAACCAUUGAAUGGGUCAGCAGUCGAGGAAGCCUACAUGGACGAUCAAAGGCAGUACCACUCGCUACAAGUGGUCCACCGGCGUGCGCGCGACUUCGAAUCGGGGCGGCCGCCGCCCCCGGACGAUGAUCCGACCGCAGCCGCUCGUCUGACAGCGGCGGGCAGCGAAUUGGCUCGCUUAGGGGCCAAACGACUGCAGCCUCGCGUCACUGAAAGAGCCAUGGAGUACGACGCGCGAGCGGCCACCGUGUCACCGCCCCCACAGCAACAGGGAGAGACGGGGGCAGCGGUACCGGCGAUCAGAAAACAGCCGCAGGUGUACAGGGAUAGCAGGAGUCUGGACGGUUCAGGCAGCAACGCCAGCAGCUCGAGCAUUCCCGAGGAUGGCGAACAUUCGUUGCCGUACGCCAGCAAGCGACUUUCCGGUAAUGUCACCAUUACCAGCGGAAGUAAAUACUUGCAUUGCCCGCCCCCAGACGCAAAUGGCGAAGCAUCACCAGACUCCUCCAAAGACAAUGAGGUUUGGAAGCUGCGAGUGCGAUCUAGUUCGGCUGAAUCAUGGAUGCCGGAAAGGAACAAAACUACUGACGACAUCCUCCCCGCUGUAUCCGUGACGCCUCCCGCACCGCCCCCAACGUCUACCGCCCAGCAGCAACAAGCGCCGCCCCAGACUGUGGUUGCCCGCCCUACGGUAUUGCAACUGGACGAGCCGCCCCGGCGGCCCGUUAGAGGGCACUUCCUCAGGCCGCCCAACAUGGCUGCCCUCAUGGCUGAUUUGGAAGAUAAACCUGUGGUUGUUAAAAGGAGAACUAAAAAUACUAACAUUGCCGACGAUGAAAGAGCGACACGAAGGGAGUCAUACCUCAAAGCGACCGAAGGAGGUCGAAUGCACAUUGACAGCGACCUCAGCGAUGGAGGAGACACAUCACCUCAUGUUCUCAGAAGUGCACAUAAGAGGUGGAGACCUCCAUUAUUUCCUGGGGAUAUUCAACAGUUGCGAAAAUUAUUCGAGGACGCUGCCGCUUCUUUGGGUGGCAGUGCAAGCAGUAGUAGUGUGUCCUUAGACAGAGAAAAGAGCACAGGCAGCCCGGUUCCGCUGGAAAAAGAAAAAUACAACAUCAUCAAGGAAGGAGUCCUCAACUGCAAAAUUCUUGAGAUCGACGGGAAGCGCGCUACUGAUCGAUCAUGGAAGCAAGUCCACGUGGUGCUCAAAGGACCCAAACUUUACAUGUACAAAGAUAAACAUCACCAAGUAAGUACUACAUUUUUACUAUAA